GAGACCCGCGUUGGCGCCGUGACCUCCAUGUGGGAGCUGAAGCUCUAUAAGUAAACACUCCGCGCGGCGCAGACGAGGUUUCUUCCUAUUUGUGAGGCGCGGCUGUGAGCGGCGGCACCUCGGGGUCUAGUUCCGGUUUCCUUUCGUUCUCCGCUCUGCUCCUGUGGGUGCGCGAUCUCCGAUCGCGGCCGCCGAUCGGGCCCAGGGUCUGGUCGGUGUUCCUCGCUCGCUCGUGCGCGCGCUCGCCCGCCCGCCCGCCCGCCCGCGGAGAGCCAGAGCCACCGGGAAGCGGCGGCGCAAGCCAGGCGGGGCGCGGCGCCCUCAGCGCAGGGGGAGACAAAGCGGAGCCAGUCCCCUUCCCCGGCGCGCCGAGAUGUGGAUCCAGGUCCGCACCAUCGACGGCUCCCAGACGCGCACCAUCGAGGACGUGUCUCGCAAAGCCACCAUCGAGGAGCUGCGCGAGCGGGUUUGGGCGCUGUUCGACGUGCGGCCCGAAUGCCAGCGCCUCUUUUUCCGGGGCAAGCAGUUGGAAGAUGGAUAUACUUUAUUUGACUAUGAUGUUGGACUGAAUGAUAUAAUUCAGCUACUAGCUCGCCCAGACUCUGAUCUUCCUAGCACAUCUAAACAGAGUGAUAUGCAGGCCAAACCCUGUUCUGAUAAUCCACCUAAAGUGAAGAAAGCAUCAAGGGUGAGAUCUUCCAGUCAGCUACCUACAUCAGUUCGUGAUUUGCUUAUUGAGCCUGACAUUGGAAUAUAUAAGGUAAAUGAAUUGGUGGAUGUCAGAGAUGUCACCUUUGGUUCCUGGUUUGAAGCACGUAUACAUAGUGUUACUAGAGCUUCUGAUGAACAUUCACGUGGCAAAACUCCCCUGAAGAAUGGCAGUUCUUGUAAAAGGACUAAUGGAAAUGUAAAUCAUAAUUCCAAAGAGAGCACAAAUAAAUUGGACAUUGUACCCUCUACGUCUAAUUCAGACUCUGUUGCUGCUGAUGAAGAUGUUGUUUAUCAUAUCGAGUAUGAUGAAUAUCCGGAAAGUGGUAUUGUAAAAGUAAAUUUGAAGGAUCUUCGACCACGCGCUAGAACCAUUUUGAAAUGGAAUGAACUGAAUAUCGGUGAUGUGGUAAUGGUUAAUUACAAUGCAGAAAGUCCUAUUAAUAGAGGACAUUGGUUUGAUGCAGAAAUUACUGAAUUGAAGACCAUUUCAAGGACCAAAAAAGAACUUCGUGCGACUGUUUUCUUGGGGGGUUCCGAAGGAAAAUUAAAUGACUGCCAGAUAAAAUUUGUAAAUGAAAUCUACAAGAUCGAGAAACCUGGGGCCCAUCCUCUAUCAUUGGCAGAUGGAAAGUUUUUAAGGAGAAAUGAACCUGAAUGUAACUUUUGUCGCGGAGACCCAGAUAAAAACUGCCGUGAUUGCUCCUGUCGUGAAUGUGGUGAAAAACGGGACCCAAGCAUGCAGCUUCUUUGUGAUGAAUGUAACUUGGCCUAUCAUAUUUACUGCCUGAACCCACCUUUGGAUAAGGUCCCUGAAGAGGAAUGGUAUUGUCCUUCCUGUAAAACUGAUUCCAGUGAAGUUGUAAAAGCUGGUGAAAAACUUAAGAUGAGUAAAAAGAAAGCAAAGAUGCCAUCAGCUAGUACCGAAAGCCGGAGAGACUGGGGAAGGGGAAUGGCCUGUGUUGGUCGCACUAAAGAAUGUACCAUUGUUCCUUCUAAUCAUUAUGGACCUAUUCCUGGGGUUCCAGUUGGAUCGACUUGGAGAUUUAGAGUUCAGGUGAGUGAAGCAGGUGUGCAUAGGCCCCAUGUUGGUGGAAUUCAUGGCCGAAGUAAUGAUGGAGCUUAUUCUCUUGUCCUGGCUGGUGGAUUUGCAGAUGAAGUAGACCGAGGUGAUGAAUUCACAUACACUGGGAGUGGUGGUAAAAACCUGGCUGGUAAUAAAAGAAUUGGUUCACCAUCAGCUGAUCAGACAUUAACAAAUAUGAACAGGGCAUUGGCCCUAAACUGUGAUGCUCCAUUGGAUGAUAAAGUUGGAGCAGAAUCUCGGAAUUGGAGAGCUGGUAAGCCAGUCAGAGUGAUACGCAGUUUUAAAGGGAGGAAGAUCAGCAAAUAUGCUCCUGAAGAAGGCAACAGAUAUGAUGGCAUUUAUAAGGUGGUGAAAUACUGGCCAGAGAAAUCAACAAGCCAUGGAUUCUUGGUUUGGCGUUAUCUUUUAAGAAGAGAUGAUGAUGAACCUGCUCCUUGGACCUCAGAAGGAAUAGAACGGUCAAGGAGAUUAUGCCUACGUUUACAGUAUCCAGUAGGUUACCCUUCGGAUAAGGAAGGGAAGAAGACUAAAGGACAGUCAAAGAAGGCAGGGGAAACCUCCAAAAGGCCAGUUCCAGACGAUGAUGCUUGUGAAAGUGCCUCCAAGGUGUACAAAGCAGAUUCAGCAGAAGCAGUUGAGGCUUUCAAACUAACCCCUGAACAACAGCAUCUAAUCAGAGAAGAUCAUCAAAACCAGAAGCUAUGGGAUGAAGUGCUUGCACAUCUUGUGGAGGGACCAAAUUUUCUGAAAAAAUUGGAACAGUCCUUUAUGUGUGUCUGCUGCCAGGAGCUAGUUUACCAGCCUGUAACAACAGAUUGCCUCCACAAUGUCUGUAAAGAUUGUUUGCAGCGUUCCUUUAAGGCUCAAGUUUUCUCCUGCCCUGCUUGCCGGCAUGAUCUUGGCCAGAAUUACAUCAUGAUUCCCAAUGAGAGUCUGCAGACUCUACUUGACCUUUUCUUUCCUGGCUACAGCAAAGGACGAUGAUCUGUCUACAACCACUGUGUUGCUCCUGGUGAUUUUUUUGGACAGUAAAGAAUCUAAAGUGGUUGAGGGUGGGUAGGGGUGGAAGCAAUGUUGGACCAUAUCUCUCAUGUUCUGAAGCAGCUAAUCCUCUUUUCCUACAUAGCCAUCAUCUUGUGUGUGUAGUUAAGAGGCCCAUUUCUCAACUGUCUUUUAAAUAUCAAAAGGUAGUUCCUGUCAAUAACAACUAGUUGUAAUGAGUAGAAGUUGAAGCCUCAGCUCUAGUUGAUAUCCAAGUUAUGAUUUAUUUUGCAACUACCUCAGGACAGAAAAGAUUUAUGGGGAUUUUUAAAUCAUUGAAUAAUUAGUUAAAUGAAAUUUUAGCUACACACUGCCUCCCAGAUAUUAGUUGUGCCUGGUUCAUGUAAUUUGAUUUUACAGAAAAGGAAAUGACACUUGAGAUCGUUGGAAUGAACGCAGCUUCUGUAGUGUGUGCAAAAUACAUUUUUAAUAUCUUCCAUUACAAUGUGUGUUUUACAAGAAAAGGUUCAUUUUUUAGCCCAUUUUGUGAGCUCCAUUGUGCUUUUUUCUGGUGUUUUAUGCAAGUUGACUACUAAUGACUAAUGAGAACAAUAUGAAUGCAUUGUUGCUGCAUUGUAAUGUGUGGUUUUGCACUUAAAAGAAGUAUUUGGAUGCUCUGAUUGUAACUGUUUAUGAAAAGAGUCUUCUGUACUAGUCAAACUGCUUUUAUUGAGUCUCACCAGUGGUUUUACAUCUGCAGAGCAUUGAGGACUGGGCUGACUUUUGAGAGGGCUGAAAUUGCUUCAUAUUGUGAUCCUAAAUUUUAUAUUCACUGCUCCCGAAAGUAUACCUUAAUAAAUAUUUUAUGACCAGCA